CAUAAAGGCUUUUUCAACCGUUUCAUUAUGGAUUCUUCAGAAGAUCAAAAAGCGAAAAAGGCAGCAAGAGCACUUCGUGCACGCAUUGAUACCAUUGAACGACAUUUGGAACCCUUAUUCUCGAAAAACUUGUCGGAAACAUAUUCGAAACUCUCUCUCAAUGAACGUUGUGAAUUCGAAGUCGUCUUAUCUUACGCCAUCAAUUCCCUCUUCUUUAUUUACAUGAAAAUUAAAGGUCACGAUCCAAAGGAUCACGAAGUUAUGGUGGAGCUGGCACGGGUAAAGCAAUAUGUAGCGAAAAUCAAAAAGGCAGAAGGCAAAGGACCCAAAGCGUCCUUGGUCAUCAACAAAGAUGCUGCUGCUCGAUUUAUCAAGGCAGCGUUAUCAAACCAAGACAAGCCGGAUAAAGACGAAGAAAAGAAUAUGAAACGACCUCGCGAGCAAGACGAUACUUCAUCAGAUGGAUCGGAUGGCGAGUCUGACGAAGAAUCGGAUAACGGAUCAAAGGGAAAAUCAACAAAGAAGGCGGCAGCCAACGAAGAAGUCAAAGGUGCGGGAGGCUCCAAAAAGAAGGCGCGUAUGGAUCCUUUCAAAAGUGCUCGAUAAAUGAACAAGAUUGCAUUGACUUGAACUGGCUUUGUCCGCUUUUAUUACAUUUUCUCAUUCUAUGAUCCCGCGUCAUUAUUGUCUAUACAUAAAAAACAAAUGGUUUGCUUUUCUGCUUGCAAGUUGCCUUUUUUCACAAUUUGAAUGCAACCAUCUUCAUGUGGCG